AUGGUAUCCUUGCACAGGGGAAGUUCAAUGGUGAACCCAUUAUGGUUUCAAAUGCGUGAAUCAGGGUCAUGGGGGAUCUGCGGAUGCGUGGAGUUUCACGCUUUUAUGGCUCUCAGGAUAGAUGCAGCAAAGGAGAGAGAGGGGGGGAGUGUUGAGCGCUGA